CUUUCGAGAAUCAUACGUUUCGAUUUUAAACUUUAUUAUAAUAUUAGUGUUGCCGUGUUAUUUUAUUCCAGCCAAUAAAUUCUGUGAUUAUCUUUCCCAUUCUAUUAUUCGUGCAGAUUUUCAAUCCCACCGAAUAUGAAGCCGAGAUUUGUAAUCGUUCUCCUAAUUGCUGUGAACAUUUUUACGAAAAUUGUACAAGGAAAUGAAACUGAGGAACUUUUUAAUGCUAUCAGAUUUGGGAAUGUAGAUGUAGUUACACGGCUUAUUGAGAAUAGUUCACUCGUAAAUGCUGAAAAUCGGGAUGGAAUUCUACCGCUUUUAUUUGCUGCAUCUAAGAAUAAAAUGGAGAUAAUCAAAGUUCUUGUCGAUCAUGGAGCGGAUGUAAAUUCUAGAGAUAACAGUCAUUCUACACCACUCCAUAAGGCUGUUCAAUAUG